AUCUUCUUUUUUAUCUUCAUCUCCAUCUUCUUUCUUUCCUAUGCUAGCUUCUUCUUCUUCUUCUAACAAUCUCCAUAUCCAAUAACAAUGGCUACACCUCAAAAACAACUCAAUUUCUACAACCCGAAAACCGGUAUCUACACAUCUACAAGACCACCAAUACUCUCCCUUCCACAAUCACACCAAACUUCCAUAGUUGACUUCCUUUUUCGCGAUAUCAAAACUCACUCAAACUCUCCAGCUUUAAUAGACCCUCACACAAACACCAUCAUCACUUUCAGCCAACUUAAACAAAAAAUCGAACAAUUCGCAAACAUGCUACACAACAUGUUCCACAUAUCCAAAAACAAUGUUGUACUUAUAUAUUCUCCAAACUCCAUUAUGUUCCCUAUCGCCUUUUUCGCGGUCACUUCACUUGGCGGGAUAGUCACAACUGCCAAUCCGUUAUAUACCGUUAACGAACUUUCCCACCAAAUAAAUGACUCAAAUCCAAAACUCAUUAUUUCCGUUACAGAGCUUUUAAAUAAAGUCAACGGGUUUAAAAUUCCGUUACUAGAUUUAAAUGACUAUGAUAAAUUAAGUGUAACUCUUUUGAAAAAGCAACAUCCGUUUGAAAAAAAUAUUGUUUUUCAAACGGAUGUUGCUGCCAUCUUGUACUCAUCCGGGACAACCGGGCUGAGUAAAGGAGUGGUACUGACACAUAAAGGUAUAAUUGCGGCGUCAUUAAUGGUGACGGCGGAUCAAGAAAUGUAUAAAGAAGGGAAAAGUGUGUUUUUGUGUGUGGUCCCUUUGUUUCAUAUAAUGGGACUUGUGACGUUUACGUAUUCACAGCUGCAACGAGGGAACGCAAUGGUUGUUAUGACGAGGUUUGAAAUUGAGAAAGCGUUGGAAGCUAUUGAGAAAUAUAAGGUGACUCAUUUGUAUACUGCACCGCCUGUUGUCGUGGCGUUGGUGAAACAACCCGCGGUUGUCAAGAGGUUUGAUACUUCGUCGUUGGUUGAAAUUGGGUCGGGUGCUGCUCCUUUAGGAAAAGAUGUUAUGGAUGAAUGUUCUAAAGUUUUUCCUCAAGCUAAGGUUUUACAAGGGUAUGGGAUGACAGAAACUGGUGGAAUUAUAUCAAUCGAGGAUCCAAAGAUAGGAUCUCGCCAUUCAGGUUCAUCAGGAGCUCUUUCCCCUGGAAUGGAAGCUCAAAUCAUACAUAUAGAAACAUUAAAACCUCUCCCUCCUAACCAAUUAGGAGAAAUAUGGGUUCGUGGGCCGAAUUUGAUGAAAGAGUAUUUUCAUAACAAAGAAGCUACAGAGCAGACCUUAGACAAACAAGGCUGGUUGCACACGGGUGAUCUUGGUUAUUUUGAUGAAGAAGGGAGAAUAUAUGUAGUGGAUCGACUGAAAGAGCUUAUCAAGUAUAAAGCGUAUCAGGUGGCACCUGCAGAGCUUGAAGGGCUGCUAGUUACUCACCCUGAAAUAAUGGACGCUGCAGUUAUCCCAUAUCCAGACGAGGAAGCAGGUGAAAUCCCAAUGGCAUAUGUUGUUCGUAAAGUUGGAAGCUCACUUACUGGUGAAGAGGUUCAAAACUUCAUUGCAAAACAGGUUGCACCAUUUAAAAGAAUACGAAAAGUAGCAUUCAUCGACAUAAUUCCAAAAGCAGCUUCAGGGAAGAUUUUGAGAAGGGAACUUAGGCAAAAAGUUCAAUCUAAAAUCUGAGGCUUACUACAAGCUCGUUCUAAUACAAUCUUUUUCUACGCAAGCCCAUGAAUGAAUAAUCUUUCGGGAGUUUAAGGACAUAACGAUUUAUAUUUGUUAAAUUUUUAUGAAAUACGUAUAGAAUAGAAUAAGCUUGGGUUACACUGAAAGCUUUGGAUGUAUCGUUACUUUAGACGACUACAGAAUUUUUACAUCUUGUUUACCUCUUUA